AUGACAUCCUCUCAGCCCGUGAAGAUCUACCAGAACGAACUCAACGAGCCCACCACAGCAAACGUCUUCAUUGGUGAUGUGAAACAUCUUUCUUCAUACAACUGGCUUGAAAGGUCCACUCCCACCAUUGCUGUCCCGGGAUUGCCAAAUGAGUGGAUAUCCCCAUCACACCCCAUACGAGUGCGACUAAAAAGGAGGCUCAUUUUCAUCGAUCAGAACGCCUACCGUUUACCCAGAACUCCUCUUGAGCCCCUCUUCCGCGCCCUCUACAUUGAAAAUCCAACUUUCGAUAUCGGCUCAGUCCACGUUGUCGCAGACGAUACCACUAUCCGAAAGUUCCUGAGCUUCGUCGCUCCCGAUGCCGAGAAAUCCUUCACCCCCUUCAGAGUGCGCGCUGAACUAGUCAAGGAAACGUUGCUGUUUACUCGCGUGGAGACUGAAUCUCGCACAUACAUCCGUCCCGAGCAUCCCAGUUCAUAUUCCCGCAGUUUCAUCGAGAAGUCCACCGAGCGUCCAACGCAUGAAUGUACCUCCCAUUACAGGAUCAUCUCUUACAACUUUGCGGGGUUGAAAUUCCUAAUCCGGCAUGAAUCAGAUGCCUACAUUCCCGCUCAAGACUCAGACGCCAGUUCGACUCAUAGCCACCCAACUCAGGAGAGAAAUACAAGCCCGGAGAGAGGUAGGUCUCGAACUAGGUCUCAGCCUCCGCAGCCCCUCCGCAUCCCCGGAUCCCACCUCGAGAUCUUGAAGGUUGGCGAGGUGGUACCGCGCGAAACAACAAUAGAGAUACAGACACGGAACUAUCGGACGCACCUUACGCCAAAGGAUGUCGCAGCGAAAAUGUGGGUCUCUCGGGUUCCAAACCUCGUGCGUGCGUUUUAUCAGGAUAGGGACUUCAAUGUUCCGACGGUCGAGGAUGUGAGAGAUGAGGUCAUGCACUGGCAAACUACCCAUCAAGUUGAGUUGUGUCAUCUAGGUGCGUUGCUGAAUCGGAUCUAUCACGGUGUAAAGAGACUUGGUGGGGGUGGGAUUAUCACAACGGAUACCCCGGGUGAAGUUAUGACCAUCGAGGAAGCAGAGACGGGCAAUAUGCUACCUCGGGAUCUGUAUUCUCGGUGGGAUUGA